CUCCAUCCAGCAGUGGAAGUAUUCGCAGCGGUUCUGUGGAGAAUAAUUUCCUAUUCUUUAGAAAACUAAUUUCCCAUUGAUUCUGCUUUGGGCAGCCAAAUUGUAUAUGUGAAAAGUGUUUUGUUCGAUACAACUCUUGACAACGCGUAAAUAUCAAUCGUGGAAAAUGUAAUCUUGCAAAACAAAUACUCCAUGCAGGGCCUUGACUCGAGAAAGAUGAUGAUUUCAGACUUCCUGAAAAGUGAUAAUCCUAUUCAACAGACGAAAAAACAACAGUGAAAAAAUGAUUUUCAACCUUGAACGCAAACACAAAUCGUCAUCGUAGUCAUCGGUUUCAUUUUCGCUGUCAACGGAUUGGGCUGGAGAUAUCGGAAAAGUUUGAUAUACAAUUGUGUUGCCAUUGAAUGGUGGUGUCCUUUUGUGGUUGAGCAUGAGCGAUCCGCGCGGAGUGAUGAAAAUAUAAGUUGCAAAUUAUAAUUGACGUGUUGUGCUGUGCUACUAUACAAAUAAACAGCUCCCGUGGAAGUGGAAGUGUGCUAAACUGUGAACGGAAGAAGCAACGGGAGAUUCUUAUCAUCAUAAGGGCGUGAAUUAAGUCGUUUUGCUGUAGUUGGUUCCAAGUAUUGCCCGCUGCGGAGGAGCAAAGUACACCGCCUGGAGGAGUGUCGCUCUGAUUCGAAAGUGAACAGGCUUACCAAAACAGAGGAAACGAAACUAACGGGUCGAGAGGUAGAGGAGGAGAAAAAAACAUAAGUAAACAAUGGGAAGCGUUUGGAAGCGACUGCAGCGUGUCAACAAGCGAGCGGCCAAGUUUUCCUUCACCGUGUCCUACCAUGAACUGCAGAUGGAAACCACUGCCAAAUGGCGCCCUCACAGUCUCCACGUCGUUUGGACCCGCCGAUCGCGACGUGUCGUAUCCAGUCCACUCGCCUGGGAACCGGACCUGGUCAACCCGGUGAGCAGCACGAUGGCCUGGACGAUGCCGGACAACCACACGAUAGCGGUCACAUUGUUCAAGGAUACCCGAACGCACGAGCUGGAGGAUAAAGACUGGACCUUCGUGCUGGAGGAUGUGUCACAGUUGGGCAAAAAACGUCUGCUCGCUUCGGCAACGAUCAACAUGCGCAAAUAUGCCAGCAUAGAAUCCACCCAACAGACGUUCAUCCUGGAACUGAGGCCCGUCUCGAAGAAAAUCGUUUCGGCUCAGCUGGAACUGACGCUCAGUUGUGUGUUUCUGCGGGAAGGAAAGGCAACGGAUGAAGAUAUGCAAAGCAUCAUUUCGCUCAUGUCGGUGAACAAUGUGUCCGACAUUGCCCCGUUAGACGAUCUGGAAGACAUUCCCGAUUUGGAAAAUUCCAUCGAGAUUUCAGAACACAUGUUAGACUUCACACACCAGCUGGAACAGUUGACUACCAGCUUAAACAGUUCCGACUUGGCCACACCGAUGAGUGUUCCUUCCCUAUCGGAAGACCAAACGCCGAUAGUCAGUGGAUCGAAGGAUAUGUUCAAAGAGUUCCUAAAUGAUCGAGGUUACAUUUCGAUGGUCAGUGAAGACACAACGAAAUGGCCCGAGAUACAAGAUAACAAGGAUAGUUUACUGGAAUCAACGACAAAAACUAUUAAUCCGGCACCGACGGAACUUGACAGUGCUCGAAAUGAUUCUCUUCUGGCGAAUUAUCAAGAUACCGACCUUCCAUUUGUAGAGUCGUCGAAAGAUGAAGAUGAACAGCAAGAUCCAUUGGAAGCACUGGAAGAGGAAAAGACCCCCGUCAAACCUGCUAUCCCCGUACCGGUUGCUGUACCAAAACCUACGCCACUUCCUCCAGUGAUAACUAAUUUAGACAGUGACACAAGUAAUCAAAAAUGUCCCGAGGAAAAACAAAAUUCUCGGGCAGAUCUUAAACCGUUGAAUCUGAUUAAAAGCUAUGACCAUAAGCCACCGGAGAAUAAGGUUCCGUCGGUUGUUGUUCCUCCGGUGGAAACGGAUGUUCCGAUCAAAAAACCUCUACUAAGGGAUAGUACACCAGGACAGGAUUUGUUGGAGUGGUGUAAGGAGAUCACGAAAUGUUACAACGGGGUAAAGGUCACCAAUCUCACCACCAGUUGGCGCAACGGAAUGGCAUUUUGCGCAAUCAUUCAUCACUUUUAUCCUAGUCUGAUUGAUAUGUCGAAACUGUCUCCCGGGAACGUGAUAGAAAACUGCCGGACGGCAUUCGACGCUGCAGAAAAACUAGGAAUUCCACGCGUCAUCGAGCCACGUGAUAUGAACAUGCUUGCUGUGCCGGACAAGCUGGCAGUGAUGACCUAUCUGUACCAACUGCGGGCUCAUUUCACCGGCCAUCAGUUGGAGGUUCACACAAUCGAUUCGGGUGUUCCAUGUCAGGCUUGCUUCCUAGCGGCCGAACAAGCUAUGUGCAUUUACUCCCAAACUAAACAUAGAAGAGGUGAAACAUCCGACGAUUCCAGUUACGUGAUCGGAAACUACAAAUCGGAUAAGCUGACCAAGGAUCUACUGAAUCUGAACGAAAUGAUCACUCCCAGGGAAGACGAUCCGCUGCGGAAGGAAUCCAGCAAGGUCCAUCUGCUGGCCAACUCGAAAGCCCUGCUCGGCAAGAUGCUUUCACCUACCAAAGAGAAACAGAAUACUAGUGUGACCGUACCGCAGGAGAUUCCCACGGUUUUGGACGGUGGCAAGGACGAUCAGCUAGCGAACGGAACUUCGGUCGGGGAAAACGGGUAUUCCAAUGGAGACGGUGCGGGUGUGAAUAAUAACAAUAGUACUAGUGCAAUCAAUAAUAAUAAUAGCAUAAAUAAUAAUUCGACGGUAGAAGUGAACGGCAGUGGGGCGGAUAGAGUGAAAAGAAGUGGACGGGAAGAGACGCAAGAGGACGGCGAGUUACCGAGGAUAGAUGCGGCAAUGGCAAAUAAAUUAUUGUUGCGGCAUAAGGAAAUGAGUGAAAAAGCAAAAGUUAUGAUUGAAAAGCUUAGAACAACUAGUGUAGAAAAGGGUGGUGAUAUUGAUGCUAACGAACGUCAGGCCCGUUUGCGUGAGCAAGCGCGUAAGUUGAUAGCCGAAACCAAAGCCAAAACGCUCAAUCUGGAUUCGCCUUCGUCACCGACGAGAACCGGUGCCUCCCAGACGAUUGGAUUCUCACCGGAACGAACCAUUUCCCCCAUCAAUAACGUACCGGAGUUCAUCUUUCCUACUGUGGCACUACUCGGCAGUCGGAGUAACAAAGAUUCCCCGAUCCGGAAUAGUGUUGUUAGCGGAGGUACACCCAUAACCGACGCCAGCGAUGCCAAUAGCAAUCAUUUGCUGAAGAAAAGUUCUCCCUCACCGCACAAAUUGUCCCCAUCGAUACUGGAUAUGCUCGCUCCUAAGAACGAGGGCAGGGUGGAAAAGGUUAACUACAUUCAAAGCGAGCUCAACAAGCUGGAGCGCGAGCAGGAAGCAAUCGACCAGAAAGCCAAUGCGCUAGAGAAAAAAUUACGUGCAGUGAUGGGUGGAACCAUGACAAAUGUAAGUGAAACCGAAGACCAGCUGAUGUCCCAAUGGUUUACCCUGGUGAACAAAAAGAACGCUCUGCUGAGGCGACAGAUGCAGCUUAAUCUACUCGAACAAGAGAACGAUCUUGAGAAAAAGUAUGACAUGCUGAACCUGGAGCUGCGAGCGACACUUUCGAUCGAAGACUGGCGAAAAACGGAAGAACAGCGCGAAAAGGAAUCACUGCUACUGGCCGAACUGGUGGCGAUAGUGGAUAAGCGAAACGAGCUGGUCCAAAAUCUUCACAGUCAAGAGCAAGCCAUCGAAGACGACGACGAAAUUGAGCGCAAACUGGAAACGGUGGACAUCAACCAUAAGGAUGAAAAAUGUGUAAUCCAGUGAGAGCCCCCGUCAUCUCCCGGAUCUGAAUACUCAACAAGGCAUCGAACAUUUAAACUCCAGAAGUGAGAUUGUACAAAAAGCAGUCGUUUCCGUCGAGAAAAUACUUUUCCACUAAAUCACCAGCAUACAGGAAUUUCCAAUCGUACUAUUUUGUUUUUCUCGUUAGAACUAUCAUAAACACAGAACCCAGUGAGAAAAUAGGUUGUAGCAGUCAUAAUUUAUGCCGAUUGCUUGGGAUUUGUAAUCAGUGUGAGGGAUUUUGGAUUCGUCAAUUUUGAUCAAUUCCGUCCGAGAAAUUUGAUUUCUUUUAGUAAACUAUAACUACUUCCGGAUACUUCAGUAGGAUGUUGGACGACGGAACUAACUGUACACAGACUUACUGCACUAAUCCAGCUUUCCACUUUUUUGGAUCGCUUCGCUUUGAACUCCGUUCAACUGCAGCAUAAUGCGAUAACGAAAAUUUCGCUAAAUUUUACCUUUGUAGUUACUUGUCGGUUGUAAAUAUUUGUUAUAUUUUAUAUAUUUGUAAUAACGCAUACAAAAUUCAAACAAAACUUCCAAAUUCAAGUUUGAUGUACAUUAAAUCAUUACAUUAAAGAUUUUUUUAAAUCGUUGUGUGCAUACAUUUUACUAUUACCAGGUCUAUUAAUUUUUACAUAAAAAAAUGCAGGAUAACAUUAUUUUCCUUAUUUUUAAUGAUGACUGUUUCGUGAUAAUUAUGUCAAAAUGUAAAAAACAAACUAAUUGUUGUAUGUUUUUUUUAAAUACUGAGACUACUUAGGUGAUUAUGAUAUGCUAUUGCUUUUCUUAGGAUAGUAAACCAAUGUGCUAGCGAUUUUCAGCAUUAGAUUGCUUAAAUUUACCAGCUUAUAUGUACACAAACCAGAAAUAGGAACGUUCUCGACACGGAAGCAGUCAGUUUGGUACGAUAGACAACGCAGAAAAAAAAGAACAAAAACGAAUACAAAAUAUUACAUUCUAGUCAUUCGAAUAUAGUGUAGAUAAUGAAACUAAUUUAAUUUUACUGCUAGUAUUAUUGACUAACACCUGUCCUGUCCUGUAAUACAUUUAGAUCCGACCAUGCAACAGAAGAAAAAUUAUGUAAACAGUAAAGAACUCCAAUAUAUUUAUUUUUUCA